AUGUCUUCUUCGGUCACCGCGUCUUCAUCUUCUUCUAGCGGUUCUACCCCAGCUCCUACAGUUAACACCCCAGCUUCACCGCUAAGUCAACCUGUUUCCCUGCCGGACACCAACGCGUUAGCACAGGCAAUUUCAAGUGCUCUCGCGGAAUCACUCCCUCCUUUUCUAUCUUCCCUUCGAGAGUCCAGUGGCAGGAACUCCAACAUGGCCGCGACCUCUGUUCCUCUCCCCUUGGCUUCGACUUCUACGCAAUCUCCGGCAUCCUCCAGUUGCGGUACCCCCGGCUCUACCUCCCAGUCUUCAGGUACACCUGUUGUGCCCUCAUUUAUUUCAACUUACAGCUCAUCCGGAGGUCCUUCGGUAGUCUCUUCUCUUCCCGCCACGUUCUCCGCCAACUUGCCUGUAGUGGUUGGGGGCUCUUGUGGUGGCGCAACCGGAACUGAGUCCUUUACGUUUCCAAACCUCAACAAAGCAUUUGUGGUGGGUCCUGGCUAUGCUCCAGUCCCUUAUAAGCUUGUUUCGAAAAUUACCGCAGGGCUUUUUGUAGACUUGGCUGGCCAACUUCCGGACAAUAUCCGAGCUCAAGAAAUCAAACCCCAGGCGUUUUUGGAGGGAAAACUGGUGGUAUCAGGGUCUAAGAAACGGGUCAUCGAAAUAGAUUCUUUGCCACACCUUCCCCUCUCGCUGGAAAGAUUUAAAUCAGUACAAGUUACUCAUUAUCCAGACAGCAAGGCGCUUUUCUGA